UUUUAUUAAUGUCCUGUGUAUUUCCCCUCUACACCCCCCAUAUAAUUAAUAAUAGACACUGAAUGACUAUUUAAUUAAAAACCAAAGGGUGCACUGACUUUUGCACAGACUGUUCUGUACUAAAUAACGUGGAGUGUUAGUGCUCCCACUAAACCCAUGUGAGAGACAUUUUAUAAAUGAAUCCUGCCGUCCCCAGAGCUGAAGGGAAGCGUCACUGAGCAUGUAGAGACUGAACACGCUGAGACAGGAGGGUUUCUACAGGAGGCUUCAGUUCUCUAAGCUAACAGUGUGAGGAAGGCUGUGUACUGCAGCUCCAUACAGCAUGGACUUUAACUGCUUUGUGCUCUGAAUUCCUCACUCACACUGAUGUUCGGGACAAAGGGGAAACGUCUGGCUGAGAAACGCUGACUAUGGAUUAGGAAAUGAUGAAGAUUUUACCAGGAAACAGGAUUCUCUGGACUUUUCUUCUCCUGCUAUGCUGUUUACUGUGUGCAGCUGGAGACGAGACGCUCACACUGCAGGAAGUGGAAGGAACCACUAUAACUCUACAUACUGGGAUAACUGGGAUUCAGAGUGAUGCUCAGAUUCUGUGGUUUUAUGGACCUGAGAAAACGAAGCAGAAGAUAUUGAACAGUCAGGUGAUUAAAGGAGAAACUGUUACAGAAAUCAGUGAGAGAUUUAAAGAGCGACUGCAGCUGGACAGAAUCAGUGGAGCUUUAACCAUCAGGAACAUCAGCAGGAAUCAUUCUGGAGUUUAUUUAUUACACGUCAUCGCUGGACGUCUCUCAUCUAAGACCUUCAGUGUCAGUGUUUAUGCUCCAGUAUCAACUCCAGUAAUAAGAAAUCAAAGAGAAAGACAAAGUGUUUCCCCCACAGAGGUGUGUUUCCCCCUGUGCACUGUGGAGAAUGGAGAAGAUGUGACGUUAUCCUGGUACAGAGGGACUGAGAGACUCAAUAUCACCAAUAACACAGAUCUCAGUGUUAACCUCAGUCUCACACUGCAAAUACACAACCAGGACAUUAACACUAACACUUACACCUGUGUGUCUGCAAACCCUGUCAGCAAUAAAACAACUUCUCUCAACAUCACACAGCUCUGUGAUCAUCACCCAGGUACGGCAGAGUCUUUAACACACACAGUGGAGUAUUAGUUCAGUGCAGUGUCAUAGUACAGGGUUCAUUAAUAUUAUAUAUGAGAAUCUCUGAGGGGUUUCAGUGUGUGUUUUAUGUAAAGCUGGACAAUAUGAGAUUAUACUCAUAUCAUUAUAAUUUAUAACAGAAUA